AUGGGACGCGGCGACUAUCAAAAGGUCUUGCCCAUCCUCAAAACCCACCUCGAUAAGCUCCGGCUCGACAACAUUGGCUCCAUCACCCCACUCCAACUCAACCGGUUAUACCGCACUCUGGGAUGGGAGUCGAAAGACAUGCGAGAUGAGCGGAUCGGGAAGAAGAAUCUGUUGAAGUGGAUACGGAACAACAUUGCCGACAUGGAUGUUGAAAAGGGAGCCAGGGUCGGGUGGGACGCCAAGCUGGAGGAGAGCAUGAGAUUACGAGAGGCCGAGCUCAAUAAUCAGGCUGAUGAGGAUGAGGAUGAGGAUGAGGAUGAACAUGAGGAUGAGAACGAGGAUGAACCUGUGGAUGUGCAUGCCAAUGCUGGAACCCAUACUCGGCAUGGAUCAACCUGUGACUACCUCACUCCUGGAUGGAAGCCGUCAACUGCCAACAUGUCUCGGCUUCGUGACAUUCUCGACACUCACUCCAUUUCCUUUCCCUCCUCUGCCAAGAAAGCCGCUCUGGUUGAACUGGUCACCAUUCACGUCUUGCCAAAUGCUUCCAAGAGUCGUGCCUACAAUGGGAGAGUUACCCGCAGCAGUCAAAAAAUGCAAACCACAACGGACGGCACUGGAGACGGACAUUGCUCCAUUUUGCCCAAGGAUGAGGACAAGAGUGAGAAGCAAAAGCAAAAGAAGAAUCUUCCGAAACAAAAGAGUCAGUCCACAGUUGAGAUUGUUGAUCUCAGUGAUCACUGUGGUUACCCAUCCCCGACCAACGAGGAUGUCAUGGAGGAUAUGCAGCACCACAACACGUUUUCUCAGCAUACGAGUCUUUUCCAUGACAACGACAACAACAACAACUCUUCUCCGGACGACAUUACCGUACCUCCUGGGCCCAUCUGCCAUCGCUGCAACAACAGUCCUCCGGACCACAACACCGCCCUACAGACCGUCAACCUCCAAGUUGAGCUGAGGCGCACCAUCGACGAGCGAGAUCAAUUACUUCAAACGUUACUCUCGUCUCGAGAUGUCUUUGCCAUGCUCGAAGCGGCCAAGACAGACUUGCAAGCCCAGCUCGAGGUCACCUCAACCCAAGCGCACAAUACAAUCAGUCAGCUUCACCAGGAGAAGACGCAGCUGGAGUCCACCCUCCAGGAUAGCCUGUCGGAGAAGACGCAGCUGGAAUCCACCCUCCAGAAUAGCCUGUCGGAGAAGACGCAGCUGGAAUCCACCCUCCAGAAUAGCCUGUCGGAGAAGAAGCAUCUGCAAACACAACACGCUCUGGAAAUGGUCCAGCUUCGUUCGAAACAGCAACAUCUCCAAUCCAAGACGCAGGAGGACCCACUUCUCCGUGUACAACAGUCCAAGCAUGCUCCAUCCAGAAUGACAGGCGAUGAUUCUUUGCUGGAUCAAGUCACCACACCUCGUCGUCACCCAAAGCUGUUCUUGAAUUCGGAGAGUGAUGUGUCCUCCUCGAUGGUUUCACUGCACAAACUCCUCACUACAGUCCUUCAAGAUGCUUGCGACGGACACUUCUGGAAGUGUUUGGAUGGACUUGGACGAGCUGUCGCGUCGGUGUCCCAAAUGGGUCUCAAGCAGCAGCAGCAGCAGCAGCAUCUUCCACCAGUCCAGAUACCAUCGAUGCUCGGGCGGGAGGAGCAGGGCGAGGAGGAGCAGAGCGAGGAGGAGGAGAAGGACGCAGAGGUGAAAAUCGAGGAGAAGAAAGACGAGGAGGAGGAGGAAGAAGAGGAGGAGGAGGAGGAGGGCAAGAACUCUGGGGUCGCUUUGUGCGGGGAUAAUAAUGAGUGGAGUAUCUGA